AUGCCAGUGCUGGAGGUGAUCUGCAGCCUGAUUGGCUGGUUCGUUCUCUACCUGUUGUUCUGCUGGACGUUCUCUGACCGACGGCCCGAGUGGAACUGUCGGCUGGUUACUCUGUCUCAUGGGGUCUUCAUCGUGCUGCUGACGGCCUACGUCAUCUUCAUAGAUGGACCCUGGCCCCUGACACACGCAGGCACAGAAAACACUGAGCUGCAGACGUUCUCCCUGUCCGUCUGCCUGGGCUACUUCUUCUUUGACAUGGGCUGGUGCAUAUGUAACCGAACGGAGGGUCCCGUCAUGCUGGCACACCAUGCUGCGAGCAUCGUCGGCAUUCUUCUGGCUUUACUCAUGGGGGAGUCGGGUUGUGAGACCUGUGCAGUAAUCUUCGGCAGCGAGAUCACCAACCCCCUGCUGCAGACCCGCUGGUUCCUCCGAAAGUUGGACCUGUACGACAGUCUUCUGGGCGACGCUGUGGACCUACUCUUCAUCUUUCUGUUUGCCACUGUGCGAGUGGGAGUGGGCACGGCGAUGUUUUACUGUGAGCUCACCUCUCCCAGGACUUCCCUGAUAAUGAAAGUGGGUGGCGUGGUCAUGUAUGGACUAGCCUGGGUGUUCAUGGUGGAUAUUGCCAAAUUUGGUUACAAGAAAAGUAAGGCCAAGUAUAAACGAUGGUGGGACAACCACACGCUGAAAGAAAAGAACAAAAACACUGGAUGAGCUUUUAGACAUCAUCCCAAGGGUGACUGAACUCAUAACUCCUGCAGGGACGAAGUCUUACAAAGCUCUAUUGUUGCCUCUAUAAUAUGUCUACCAAAGCAAAGUAAGACACUUGAUGCCACAGUAACCACUAUGAGGUUACUUCUUUGUUAAAGGGUUCUAUGUUAAGUAAUGUAAGAGUCUGAUUGAGCUAUCUCCACUUAGCAUUCUAAAAGAACAGGAGGUGAUGGCCUGCAAAAACAGCCUGGAACCAGCACGUUCGGCCAAAGCUCAGGGCUCCUUAAAAACCUCAGUAUUUGACUUAUUGGGCAUGGUUUAA